CGUCGUUUGAAAAACAUCAGACUGAGCUUUUCAUUAAACCUUACACAGCCUAUUCGCCGGGGCUAGUCAGCUCAUAUAACAGCGACAUACCCGGGGGAAGAAGUUCGUGUACCCUUUGCAUUCCAGUGCAGGUCCUCAUUGACCUGUACCCCGAUUGUUGGACACCAUGCCCUCAGCUCAAGAUGAAACACAUCCUCUGUUCCCAGUGUCUAGUAUACACAAUCUUUAUUUCGACCAGUCAGAAACCUCCUUGAGUUCAUCUGAUCCGAGCCUUCCAUCCGACCGCUCCUACAUUCGUUAUGAGCGCGCACCUACUUCUCAGAUGGGGCAGGAAUUGACAUCCCACGAUGAAGCGCCUCCGGCCGUGGGUUUCUAUAACACUCGUUCAAUAUCCAAAAUGCCCUCUGUUGAUCUCAACGAAGUGCUGGACGAGACAACCACUAGUGACACACUACAUCCCCCGGGUCAGUCAGAGCAAACGCCGCGGUCGCAUGUCGAAACGUCCCGACUAGACCAUGAACCUGGUCAGUUUAGAUGCCCUAGCAAGUAUCCAAUCGCUCAGCGAUGGAAUCGAUGGGUUCCAAUAACUAUUUUGAUCCUUGCGGUCUACGCCACUGUAGGGUCAGGGGCAUAUCUUGCUGUGGCCUGUUGGAAGCCGUGGUACGGCAACUUUAUUGGAGACAGUGGAGUGCUUUCGGCCUCAACUGCCAAAUUCAUGGCUGCAUUAUUAGCGAAGACAAUUGAACUCGCGUAUGUCACUGUCUUUGUGACGUUUAUUGGGCAGUUCUUGAGCCGACGAUCUCUUAAGAAGGGAUCGCGAGGCAUCAGCCUCUCCGACAUAAUAAUGGACACAAGAGAGAUCAUCUCUCGUCCGCUAAUCCCAGUGAUCAAUCACCCGAGGAUCAGCUAAAUAAUAGUAUACCACUAUUCCAAAUAUUCUGUUGGUAUAAUGUAUAGGUAAGGGGACAUAGAAUAUUAUUCUACCAAACAACACAUCCCAAGUAAACAGAGCAUAAGCCUCAGGAGUAUGCUCCUGCGGCUAAAUGAGCCAUAGAGAACGCCAUACUAGUAUUCGAUGUGUGAAUUAUCCCCACUGUUUGAUAUGCAACGUAUAGUUCAUUUAACUUACCACCGGCAAGGACAUGCAAUAUCCAAGAUUAUAAGCCACCAAUAGCCAUGAUCUGAACCCCGUGAAAUGAAGUUAAACUAGGACGAAACCAUGCUCUACAUUGAGAGGAAGGAUUCG